AAGCAAAAAUGCAGAAAUAGCUGUUCGGUUUCGUUCAGUGUGUUUGCAAAAAUGAUUUAAAAAUAUAAAAGAAAAACUGAUUUCAAUUAGAAAAAGGAUAUAAUCUCAAAAUAUUUAUAAUUCUCAAAACUGACCAGUGUUUAAACAAAAUUCUGGUCAGUAAAUAAAAAAAAAUACAAACAUGAUUUCGAAUAGUAAAAGUAAAAUCCAAUAAAAUACAAAAGGACAAAAAAAAAAAUCAUAUCGCAACCACCCUCUUUCUACCCUCUAAACACCGCCGCGCACAAAUAAAGUAAGUUCUUAUAACAAGCCCAUGGACAGAAUUUAUAUACUCAGCACAAAAUAAAAGUAUUAACACACAAAAUGACAUACAUUAAAUACAAGACGGACAGACGACCGCUUCUCUCUGGCGAAGACGAACGUGAACGUCUGGAUGAUGACGACCAUGAAAGUAGUUCGUCGGAAUUGAAUAUGCUGCCGGCAAAUCAGCGCCAUCAAAUUCAUCGGGGUGCCCGCAAAUUGACGCGUUUCUUUAUGGUCUUUUUUGCAUGUUUGUCAUUCUUUCUGCUGCUCUAUAUAGCAAUUUGUAAUAGUGUAAUUAAUCGAAGAGUGGCAUUACCCGGUUGGGGAUAUAAUACAUCACGAAAUACCGCUGAUUAUGUUUUGCCCGAUGAGGAUACGGAUUUGAUAAAACCCCAACAUAUUUGCGAAAGUAAAUUCUUUCUAUUGAUUGUUGUGUGUUCGGCAUUAAAUAACUUUGAAGCUAGACAAAACAUACGUGAAACAUGGGGAAAUGCAUCGGAAUUCAAUUACAAUAUGUUUGCAGCAAUGCAUGCUAAUAUGAAUGGCCAUUAUCUAGACAGGAAAGCAGAUAGUUUUAUUCGCUACAAAGAUUAUUUCAAUAACUCUUCCAACUACGGCAAUACAGUGCGAGUUGUAUUCCUAAUCGGACGCAGUGAGUCCGAACAACAUCUAGGCAAUGAAAGCAAAGUUCGACUCAAACAAGAAGCCGACCAAUACGAUGAUCUCAUCCAAGAGAACUUCAUUGACACCUACAACAAUCUAACUGUUAAAUCAGUGAUGAUGCUUAAAUGGGUAAAUAAACAUUGUAGUGAUAAAAGUCAUUUUCUAAUGAAAUGUGACGAUGAUACAUUUGUGAAUGUUCCGAAUCUUCUGCACUAUCUCCUCGGAGGAACAAUUCCCAUCUACAAUGCCACCGUUCAGUACCAUGAUGUUAUAUCGUACAAAGUCAUGUCUCCAGCGAAUCGAUUGAAUUUGCUGCAGAACUUUCUAAUUGGUUAUAUGUUUUGUUUUGUAAAACCAGUUGCAAAUAUCAGUAGCAAAUGGUAUGCUCCCUUUUACAUGUAUCCCGGUGACACUUAUCCAAAAUACCUAUCCGGAGCUAGUUAUCUUAUGUCUAGCGAUGUCAUUGGUCGGCUCUAUGAUGCCGCUUUGAAUACUUCAUUGUUUCAUUUGGAAGAUGUUUAUAUAACUGGCAUCUGUGCCGAACACAUUAACUUGCCUCGCCAUCAUAAUGCAUUGUUUUGUUUUGAUCAUUCGAAGAAUGUGUGCAGUUUUAAAGGAACAAUUACACAACAUUAUGUUAAAGGUGAUUCGAUGAGAGAGGCAUACGCUUUUGUUACGAAUACCACAAACAAAUGUCCGCCACCAGAUAAGUACUUUAAGACUAAUCGAUUGAGAAAACGUGCUAAGAAUUGCAGUUAAAUUUCCUUUAUUAUUGUUCUUAUUUUGUUUUUUAUUUUUUUCGUUUGUUUAUUCAAUCCUAUCAAAAAAACGCUCCCUCUCUUUUUUCUUUUUGGUUUAAAUAAUUGUUUUUUUCUGCAAACAAAAAUAAAAAAACUUUUUGAUUUUGUUUGCCGUAAGACGUGUAUAAAUAAGGCUGAUUGAGCAUUCUGUUGUUGUUUGUUUCUCUUAAUUGGCUUUUAAUUAAGAAAAUAAAAAUUAAUUAGCAAAACCAAAAGAACGAAUUUUGUCAUCAAGUUUAUUAGAUGGCAGGUGGUAGUUAACAUUAAAACAAGGUCAUUGUUCCAUUUUUGUGUUUAGAAAAACUUAAAGUUGAUAUUUUCGGAAGUGAUUUUUCAACAUUCUAAUUCUUUGACAUUGCAUAAUCGAAUAGUUUAUUUCCUGAGAUUUUCAUACAAAUAAUUAUUAAAUUAUUGUUAAGCUUGGAAGAGCAAAACUUCAAUAUAGCUUUCAUUAUUCAGUUGGCUUAAUGCCGCACGCUCUGGGCCCAUUUAAACCGAUUAUAAUGGCAAUUGCGGUUGCUAUUAAUAUCGCAAGAUAAGAAAAGCACGAGGGGCAAACGGGUAUUUUUAGAAAAUAAGAGCAGGGCUGCUUAUUACAAUCAGUUACAAAAUGUAAAAAAUAAAUGUAUAAUACAGGCUGUCCCAAAAGUCAAUUGCGAAUAUUUGAAUAACAUUGCAUUCAAAAAUUUAAACACACAUUUAUGAAGAAAAUUUCACUUUUGGGUAAUUCCAUGAAUGGUUUUGGCAGGUUUUUGUAUGAGUUUCGAUCUUAUUUAUUUUACUUUUUACCAAGUAACUAACUUUUAACUUAAUAAUAAGAAAUAAGAGCAAAAACAUACAAUUCAAUGGACUGUAGUGUAAAAAAAAAUUUACUACGAAAUUUGGAAAUUUUUAUCUUGCUAUACUACAAUUUUUAUUAACAUAUCUUAACAUUCUCGUAAUUGUUUUAUAUCUGCCAUAGUCAGUUUUAUUGAGAUCUUGAUGGAAUUGCAGGGUUGAUGGAGAGAGUGCAAGUUUAACAAGUUAAAACAAAGAAAAAACAAUCUCCGAAUUAGACUGUCCUUACCAGUGCCAUGAUCGGCCGAAGCGAGGUAACAGUCAGACCGGAAUUUUGAUUUCAUACGAAUCGGAGAGUGUUUUCGAAGCACAAUUUGUCUUACCGAUAAACAAUGCUUUUUGAUCACUUCUAAAAAUAAUGAUUACAAUAAACAAAAAUAGUUAAAGUAUGUAUAUCAUGUAUUCUACCUUCAUAUAUUUUAGAGAUCUAAUAACUAACUUUAAUGAUCUGUCCAAAAACAUUUGCAAAAAAAGACAUUGAAAUUGCGCUUGGUUGGAUAUUCUUAAAUAACUGAUCUGUUUUAUGAUAAGUUUUUUGUAAACUUCAGUCAAAUCGGAGCAACCACCUGAAGAGAAACCAAUGUCAACUAAACAUCGAUCAAAUUAAUUGAUGAUUUAAUUUGAGUCCUCAUUAUAUUUUUCCUCUACCGUAGAGGACCCCUCCCCACUCAAAUGAGAUGGUAAGUCUUGGUCUAUAUGAGUCGUACUCAAAUUUUCAUAGAGAUCACCAAGACAAUUCUACAUAGUUCCCCGUUUUUCUGUAUAAAAGAAAUAGCAUUUCAGCGUUAUAAAUAUUAAACUUAAUGUUUUCAUUAAAAAAAAAAAAAAAAACUAAAAAUUGUACAAAUUAAAUCAGCAAUCUUCCUUACGAUCGUUCAACCAAAAUGUCACUCUUUUUUUAGAAAAAGAAUUAAUUAUUUCCCAACGAAAAGAAUGAAUAUUUACAUCAUUCUUUUAUAAUAUUGUAAUGUAUUAAAAAUCCUUUUAUUGAGCCUCCCAAUAGAGGAAGCUUUUCUCGCAAAAUAUCACUGUCAAUAAUAAUUGUUACAGUUUUAAGUUUUUAAAAUGAUUAAAUAACACUAAUUGAAGACAGUUUCCCUUUAACAAAAUAAUGGAAGCAAUAUUAUGAAAAUCGUUAUAGUUACAAAACAAAGAGCCUGUACUUUUUAGAAUUUUCAAAAAAAUGUUAUGCUGAUCCAUUUGUGGUAACAACUUUGUGCAAACUAGAAAAGUGUUUGCUCAUUUUUUUUAAAUGAGGUUUAAAAACCAUCAUUUACCAGAAUCGCACAUUUUGUCAAAAUUAGAAUAGAAAAAUUAAUUUUACCAUCUUAUGUGCUAUUAGUAUACAAACAAACAACAACUGAAUGUUCCGAACUGCGUGCUAUUAAUCACCAAAAGCUGAGUGCAUGAAAGUUAUUAAAACAACAUACAAAAUACUUUCAUAACAAUUACUCAUAAGUUAUAAUCUUGCAAAGCGUGAUAAGACGUCCCAUUCCCACCACUUUAAUUUUAGAUUAUUUUCUUGUAGUUUAGUUUAAAAGAUAUUAUGUAAUUCAAUAGAAAACUUAAAGUAAAAUUAAAAUUAAAAUAAUAAUAAUAAAAAAAAAACGAAUAUAAAAAUAAAGUAUCGAGACGAAAUAAGUAGAUGUGCCUUGUUAGAAUGAGAGAGCUAUCGUCAUCUAUGAAUAUUCAUUUAAUUUAUAAAAAAAUAUCCACUUUAUUUAAUUUUGAGCUUCAACAUCAUUUGUGUUUACAUCCUUUAACCAACUAAAAGUGGAUCAAAUUAGAAUAAAAAAAAAAAAACAAAUACAAACCAAGAAUACCGUGUGUACAUAUUUAUUUUGUAUUUUUUAAAAACAUAUAUUAUGUAAACUUAUUUUAGAUUUUUUUGCGCACUGAAUUAUUAUCAUUUUUUUUUUGUUUUCUUUUAUUUAAGUUUAGUGCUCAUUAUGAAAUUAAUAAUUAAUAAAUUUAAAAAAAUUGUGAUUUGAUUUAUAGAAUAAAAUAUUGAUUUUAAGUAUUUA